UGCUGAGGGAGAGAUACAUAAAUGGCGCUGUUCAAGGUGUUAACGCUGUUAUUUUGUGGAGCUUUCAUUACGAUCUACGGGUCUGGUUGUGAUCCCAAUCUGUGUAAGAAUGAAGGGAUCUGCACUCUUGUAGAUGAUGUUGCUCAAUGCAACUGUAUACAUGGGCUCAAAGGACCAACAUGUGAAGAUAUAAAAAUGGAAGUGAUCUGUGAGCAGACCUACAUAAAAGUGUUGGUCUCAAAAGAAUACUUUGACUGGAAAAAUGUAACACAGGAAUCUGUGCAGUUGUUUGAGGGUCCCUGCAAAGCUACAAGAGAAACUAUAAAUGGAGAAGAAUACUAUGCUAUCACAAUACAUCAUAAUUAUUCCAACUGUGGUACUGUUGUAAUGAGUAAUGCUACACACAUCAUGUACAUGAAUGGCUUGCAGACCAGACACCUGACUGGAAUUAUCACCAGACUUCCUUCAGAGUCAAUUGACUUCACUUGUGUAUACAUUCGUGAAAGAAAAGUGCGACUUGAUUUCCCAAUACAGCCAAAAACAACGAUUGCAGUCUUACAUGUGCAAGAAGGAGUGGUCACUGUAUCAAUGGCCCUAUACAAGAGCUCAAAGUAUGAAAGUGCUUAUGUGGAACUGCCAGUUCUUCCUUGGACAGAGAGGCUGUACAUCAGUGUGAAAAUUGAACCAGGAGAAAAUAACUUUUUCGAUUUGACUAUUAAUGAUUGCUGGGCUACACCAACAAAAAAUCCAGAUGACUUGCCCCAGUAUUACCUCAUUAAGAAGGGAUGCCCUGUUGAUGACACUGUGCAGUAUCACAAUCAAAUUGGAAAUGAGACCAUGGCAAACUUCAGUGUGCAGAUGUUUCGAUUUGUGAAACAUCCAGUUGUUUUCUUACAUUGCAGAACUGAAAUUUGUGCGGUCAGCAGCCUGGAGCCUUGCAUGAUUGACUGUGCUGGCCUACCAUCCAUGAAAGCCAAAAGAGAUGCUAAUACUCAAUAUGAAAGCCUAUUGACCUAUGGACCUAUUCAUUGGACUCAUUCUGGGACAAAUGUAUACAAAGUUGGCAAACCUAACUUGAUGCUUGCUACUGUUCCUGGCAUUGCUGUGAUAUCUGCCAUGGUGUUCUUUGUCCUUGCUGUUACUUUGGCUAAAGUCAUCAGAAAGUGA